AUGAAGACCGUCUUAGCUCUGUCCGCUGUCAUCUCCGGCGCGUUCGCCGCUGCCGCCGUUUCUUCUAGCGCCUCUCCCUUCCAGCUAGUCAUCAGCGACGCUCAGUCCCGCGCCACCGAGCUCAAGGGCCGCGCCCUCAUCAGCCAGAGCGACGCCUUCAUCCUGGCUCCUGCGGGUGAACAUGGGAUUAACUUCACCGGUGGAGAUGGCUCUCUGGGCAUUCAGAACGGUGAUGUUGUCUACGUCGGCAGCGACGGCCAUGUCGACCUCAAGAGCACCAACGGCAUCGCCGCCGGAGGUCUGACCCAGGGCUUCACCACGGGCAGCGACAAUGCCCUUGAAUGGGCCCAGGGUCAGUUCUUCGCCUGUCCUCACGUGUCUCUGUACGCCGCAGGUCCUCCCACAUACAUGAUCUACGCCACCCGGUCCGGUGUCGCGCUUCCUACCGACUGCAUUGCGGUUGACCUUGCUAAGGUUGCUGUCUGA